AUGAAUAUAUCUGACGAAAAGGAGAAGGACGAUUUGAAUUAUGAGGCGACUGUGCUUCGGAAAAUUGCAUUUUUCGGAAUUCUAAUUAGCACUGUUUCUACGCUCACUUGUAUCAUUUCUAUUCCAUUGUUAUAUAAUUAUAUGCAACAUAUUCAAACCAAUUUGCAUAGUGAGGUAUGUACAUAAAGGCUACUGUAUAUUUAUAUAAAAAUAUAAUAAUUUUAGAUAGAUUUCUGUCGUCAUCGUACUACUGGUUUGUUUAUUCAAUUUGAAAGACUUCAACAUAAUUCAAAUCUUCCACGUCGAAACCUUCCAAGAAGAAACAUUGCUGAGAGCAAAUCUUCUUGUUGUUCUUGCAAAUCUGGUUCUCCUGGUCCACCAGGACCACCAGGAGAAGAUGGUAGAGAUGGGCGGGAUGGAAAAGCAGGACUGAAUGGUGAGCCGGGAUUGGAUGCCCGUGAACUUCCGAAACGCGAGAAAUCUGAGCCAUGUUUCGAUUGUCCAACAGGACCUCCAGGAGUUCCUGGAGCUCCAGGUCCAAAAGGACCAAAUGGGCGAAAUGGAAAAGAUGGAGCACCGGGUGUACCUGGAAUUCCUGGACAACCAGGUGAAGCGGGAGAAGUUGGCGAAGCGGGAGCCAAUGGUGAACCAGGAGAGAAUGGUGGAAAUGGAGAGGAUGGAAAAUGCGAUGAUUCUCAAGUUGUUCAAGGACCACCCGGUCGAACAGGACCUCCCGGACCGCCAGGAAUUGAUGGAGAACCAGGAAAACCAGGAAAAGAUGGACAAGAUGGAGAACAAGGAGAACCUGGAGAAGCUGGGGAAGAUGGAAGAGAUGGACUGCCGGGACGGCCAGGAAAGCCCGGACCUCGCGGAGCACCUGGAGCAAAUGGAUCUUGUCAACAUUGUCCAACUCCACGAACUGCCCCAGGAUAUUCAUAA